CGGUAAUGCUCUUUUAAGAAUACGAGCCGCCAAUAAGCUCAAAGAAGAAGAAGACGUCAUUGGUAGAAGCGGGAAAUGGAUGCGGCAGAAGUUGAGUUUCUCGCCGAGAAGGAGAUGGUCAAAAUUAUUCCCAACUUUAGUCUCGACAAAAUCUAUUUAAUCGGGGGGGAUCUGGGCCCGUUUAACCCGGGUUUGCCAGUGGAGGUCCCUGUGUGGCUGGCCCUUAAUCUCAAACAGAGACACAAAUGCAGGAUCGUACCUCCAGAAUGGAUGGAAACAAGCAAACUAGAGGAGAUCCGUGAACAGGAGCGAAAACUGGACACUUUCACUCCUAUACCGAGUCCAUAUUACAUGGAGCUUACCAAACUAUUACUCAACCAUGCUGCAGAUAACAUCCCCAGAGCUGAUGAGAUUCGCACGCUGGUAAAAGACAUCUGGGACACACGCGUGGCCAAAUUAAGACUCUCUGCUGACAGUUUUAUCAGCCAGCAGGAGGCUCAUGCGCAGCUGGAUAAUCUCACGCUGAUGGAGAUCAAUACCACACGCUCCUUUCUGCUGGACUCUCUGAACUACAUGUAUAAACUGCGUUCAAACAUGCAGCCGAGCAGAACUAAUGACUAUUGAUGCGAUCUCAUGCAAUGGACUGAUCUGUCCGCUUUAGCUUCAUGUUUUGAAGCUGAUCUAUGAACUGUCUGUAUCUUUAGGCCUUUCUAAAACAAUAUGAAAAUGUACAACUUUACUGAAAUUUAAGCAGGCUAAUCUUAAACUAGUUUUUGCUUUGCAAGAUUAAAGUGGUUUGUUGAUUGUUUGUAGUUUUUUUUUUGUUUUUUUUUUUGAAGUUACUGCCAUUUGACCGGAUCAUUGUGUGGACAGUGACUGAUGCUGUUGAGCUGGUGUGUUUUGUAAAAGUCCUUAGACCGUGAACAGUGGUGGGACUUGAGUUGUAAAAAAGUUACAGGAAGGCCAACAUGUUUCAUUAGGCCAUUAUAAAUACUGUUCAUUCUGUAUUUUAUGAAUGGCAACAGUAUUUACCUCACCAUAGAUUCUAAUAACGAACUGUCACUUGUAGUUUGAAGUUUGACAAAAAGCUCGCCAAUAAACUGAAUGGUUUCAAGGAUG